GAGCGCCGACCCCGUCGCGCGUCGCAGGCGCAGCACUGGGUCGAGCAGGUCACGGGCACGGUCUUCUCGCGGCGCUUCGGCGAGGAGCUCCGGGACGGCGUGCUCCUCGUGGACCUCGCGGCCGCGAUCGCGCCGGGGGACGACAUCAAACCGCCCUACGAGGGCCGCGUGCCCUACCGGCGCGUCGAGAACAUCGCGCGCUUCCUCGCGUUCUGCCGCGACAGAGGCGUCGCCGGCGCGGAUUUGUUCGACACCGUGGACCUCGCGGAGCUCAAGGAUCUCGGCGCCGUCGUCCGCUGCCUCGUCGCGCUGAGCGCCGCGCUCCGCAAGGCCGGCGCCUUCGCGGGUCCCUUCCUC